GAGUGCUAUUCCAGUUCAUGUCGGGACCAUGCAGCCUCCUCCGAGAAAAGGAAAUUACGCAAAGUUCCUCAAGAAUCUACAUGCAGAGCAGCUUGCCAAACUACAACUGAAAAACCAGAAUGAGUGUGAGCUUCUCGACGACAUUAGGAAUUUUAUAAUUAAACGAUCAGCUAUUGAAAAGUCCUACUCAGAGGCACUCCUCAAGAUUUCGUCAGCAUUCCUGAACAAAAAAAUUCCCAACAUACCUGAUAUAAAGACUGAAGGAUCGGAGGAAAAAUGGAAUAUGUGGAACGUGUGGCGGACAGUGCUGGAGGAGAACGAGAAACUUGCACGUGCUCGUCUCGCAGCAGUCGAAGUCUUCUCACAACACGUUGCAGAUGAGGCAAAAGUGUUAAGACUACACAAAAUUAUUAAUGCAAAAAAGUGUAUAGACCACUUAGCUGUUGUCCAAAAAGAACUUCAAACCUGUGUUCAAGACAUAGACAAAACCAAGAAACUCUACUUCGAUGAAGAACAUAGUGCUCAUGACGUCAGGGAUAAAGCAAAGGAUAUCGAGGAAAAGCUGAAGAAGAAGAAGGGUUCAUUUUUUCAAUCAAUAACAUCUCUUCAGAAAAACAGUGCAAAGGUAACUUCUAAAAGGGACCAGUUAGAAGAGAAAUCGUCGGGAGCUCGUAAUGAUUACUUGUUAAGUCUAGCGGCAGGCAAUGCUCAUUCAGUAAGAUACUUUGCUGUUGAUCUUCAAAAUACAAUUCAGAUAAUGGAGGCUAACGUGUACGAGAGGGUUGCAGACUACCUAAUGCUGAUAGCUCGAACGGAACUGCUCACUUGCACAGCUACCCAGACAUCCUUUGGACGAAUCAAGGAACAAGCUCAUCAAUUAAGCCGAGACUACAAUAUUCAGUGUGUUUACCUGUUUUAUCCAGUAUUAAAACAACACAUAACUUAUGAUUUUGAACCGUGCGACAAUGACACAAUAGACAAAAUAACAGCUGAACACACAUCUGCAGUAGAGACUCUUAGGAAAGAGGCCAAAAGGUGGGCAACAAGGAUUGCAAGAGAAAACAAUAAUAUCAGGGAAUCGUCCCGAAAACUUCAAGUCUUCCAAGCUCUAAGGGAUUCUGGACAAAAGAAUGAUCCAAACGAUCCUAAUGGGCCUGAUUUAGAAACAAAAAUAGAUGAACUUAGACAAUCAAUUCGAAGAUCUGAGACAGCUAAAGUGAAAGCUGAAGCAAGGAUAGAAUAUUUGAGAGCUGGUGGAGUGAAUGUGGAUGAAUGGAUGCAAGAGGUAGACAACUUGAGUGUACAAGACCUGCCUCGCUCAGCCAGCUCUAUGUCUGUACACACGGAUGCUUCUGGCACUGGGGAGCCACCUGGGUCAGACUCUAUGUAUGACAGUGACUUCAAUGAUGCCAGCUCUGAUAUGGUCGGAGGAGUAGAGAACAAAGAACGUUCUGAGGAAGAUAAUGAGAGACCAGAUUCAGCUGAAGUAGAUGGAGAAUGGGCCAUGCUGGAGCAGGAGAGGCAGAGGAUAGAGCAGCUAACAGCUGGCUGGGAUGACCCGACUCAGGUGGAUUGGGGACCCGAGGAGUCUAGUGAGGUGACAACUGACACUGCUGUUACUGUAGUAGCCAACACAACUGAGAACAUUGAGACCUACAAAUGUACAGCGCUCUACUCCUACACAGCCCAGAAUCCAGACGAGCUGAGUAUCGUGGAGAAUGAGCAGUUGGAAGUGGUGGGUGAGGGAGAUGGGGAUGGGUGGCUUAGGGCCCGCAAUUAUCGCGGGGAGGAGGGUUAUGUGCCGCAAAACUACUUGGACGUAGAGCGAGAGCCCUCCUCCGAGAACCAGCUACAGGGUGGAGGCUCCACUUACCAGCUGACAAGCCAGAUCUCCUUCUCCUCUGUGGACUACACUGUGGAUGAGGUGGAGGAGCCGAGUGAACAGAGUCUCCAGCAGGACACUGUACGGGAAGUGCACAAGCCGGCCAACAUAGAUAUAACUGGAACCUACGACAGGAGAACAUGGGCGAUAGCACUGUAUGAUUACGAGGCAACGUGUGAGGAUGAGAUAUCUUUCAACGAGGGAGAGGUGCUGGAAGUGUUGCGAAAGAUCGUCCAUGAUGACGUGGAUGACGGUUGGUGGGAGGGGAAGAUUCAUGACCAAGUUGGACUAUUCCCAUCUCUUGUUGUUGAAGAGUGCCGAGAAAACGGAGAACCGCUCACACCUGAGGGAGAUGACACUCCUCCAGGGUCCGCACCGCCUGUGUUCACACCCCCAGAUGUACCUUCGUUCCUGCUAGCCCCCCAGCAGGUGAUCAUCACCCAGCCUACACCUGUGGGAGAGCACGGACCUGCCCCUGGCAUUGGAGAUUCGGCAGAUAAAAAAACAGCGUUUACAAUGGAAAUCACAAGAGACCAACAAGAUCAAUAUAAAUCUCAGUUUGAUGGAGAGAUUCAAAUAGAAGUUACAGAGGAACCUGAUGAAACAGAGGAAAGUAUAAGCCAGGUAAUUGUGGUGGAACCUGGCGGAGAAGCACCACAGUGUCCACCUCCUCCACCUCCUGCUGCGGAUAUUGGACUAGGGGUAGCUCAGAUCGUGAUCACUGCAGCAACUCCCAUGGUGGAGGAGGAGAAGCCAUUCCCCCCACCUCCAGCUGUGGAGGAAGUGGCAGCAGAGGAACCUGAGGAGGUUGCGGAGCCCCCACCAGACUACACCGCAGCUUGCGACCAGCGACCAGCAGUGCCUGAAGAACCCGACGAUGACCAACCCACAGAUUCUGCUCCCUUCCCUAUCAGUAGCAGUACGGGAAGUGAGGAGGACUCAUACACGGGGCCCAGCACUGCAGAGAACUCGCAAAGCCACCCUCAUCCGGCCCCCGCCGCUGUAGCCAAGGCGGAGGUCGCCAUACCUGACGAGCUGGAACCACACCAACUUGCUCGGUUACAGGACCUCAAGGAGUCCGAUGCUUAAGUCUAGCCUUCCUCGCUGUGAUUCCAGACUCUUGCAUUUGUUUUUUUCGUCCACCAAUCCGACAGUGUUCCAUUUUAGCUUUUUUUAUCGGACUUGCAUGUUUUGUGCGGGUCUUUCAACCUUUGUAUAUACCAUUUUUUAAUUUUAAUUUUUGUUUUUCUACUUGGAUUUAUUGUGAACCAGCAGUAUUAGGUUGCCAGACUGUAACUGAAUGUAAUCUGAUUCUGGCUAAUAGUGAUAAAGUAGACUUGCAUUGGCUGUUGUGGUAUUAAUAAUUUAUUUUGCACUUCAUGAUAUAAAUAUGUUUUUAUUUUUUAACUAAUGCAAAAAUCAAUAACGAUAUCUGUAUGAGAAAAUGAACAUAAUAUACAGCAGACAAAAUAAUAGACUGGGAGAAAAUUUUUUUAAUUUUCCAAAAAUUUAAAGUCAGAAUUAGUUAAAAAAAGUUAUCCACACAUAAAAAUAAGGACCUAGGAUAAAAAUCCUUUCAUAUUCUUAAAGGGUUUAAAAUAUGGAGUUCAUGGCCUUCUGAGAUUUAAGAAAUUAUUUCAUUUUCUUUUUUAAUAAGACAUUUAGAAAAAGAUCUAUAUUCAGACCAUAGACAAAUAAAACAAAACAAACCAUAUUUAAACAACUUUUCACAUCAUCAUAGGGUUGCCAAUACUAAUAUUAACAUGUUAUAAGUAAAUAAAGGAAGUAACUCUUAUAAAUAAUAGCAUAUUUUAAAUCAUAAUCAUUGGCGGAAUGUCUUUGUGUAGAUGGUAACUGUAUCUUUUCAAUUUAUUAUAUUGUUACUUAUUUGUUUCCCAAUAUUAUUUAUUAAUUCUUUUUCUCUAAGAUUCCAUUUAAUCUUAGUUAUUUAUGUAUUAUUGUCUUUUUGACAUCAGUAAACAUACAUAGCGUUUUGCCUCCUCUUAUACAGAUCAUCCAUUUAAGUUCAAUGAAAUCAUAACUGAAUAAGCGAUACUAAUAAUGAUGAUAAUAAGUGAACUAUGAUCAUGAAUAAGUAUUUGUAUAAGUACGUGUAUAAUUAAAAUAAUCAGUUGCAAGGAAGUGAAGGUCAUCCUUGGUAAUGAUUUUAAUAUCAAUUAGACAAAAGUACUACAAAUUUAUACAAUACAUUAAAUUAAAACAUCAAAGUUCUUUGUCAACGUAAUAGCCUGCAUUCGUGAGUCACUUUAUUGUUGUGACACAAGAACGUGGCCAUUAAUUGGUCACAAUCAUUACAAAGAAAAAUUCCUCUAUACUUUUCAAUCAGUUUUCAUUUAAGUGAGCAGACCUAAUGAGGGAAAGUGACUGGUGGGGGGGGGGAGACAAAAGUCCCGGAGCCCACGCUCAGUGAUACUAGCCUCUACUCCCUGCUAGUAUAGAGCAAAUAUUAUAUAAUACUGUAUACUUGUAGAAUGAAGAGUUAAAAUUUCAAUUUUCUUUAUGAAGGACUAGAUAAAGAGUACAUUCAUUCAAAAUGUACAGUGACUUAAAAGUUUUUAUAUUGUGAAACAGAGGAGGUGUGAUCGGCAGGUGAGUCAAAAUAUAAAAGCUAUGUGGAGUCGAAAGAUCUGGAGACAGCUCAGCCCCCACGACCUACCCUCGCUAAGGAUGACUGUUCUUGGAAAUUUAUCAAUUGAAUCAACCUGGCUCGAACCAUUAGUUUGUCUAUCAUUCAAACAUUUCCAGAAAUAUGCACAGAAAAGCAUCGAUUUAACUGUAGUCUGAUAUUGCUUUGCCUCUAGUUAACUUUGUAGGUACAAAAUCAGUUUUCGGAUUUUUUACUCAAUGUAUUGCAGGAGGAAGUAUGAUAAAUGUAAUAAAAAAAUACUAGUCAUUCAACACGUUUUUUAAUCACUUUAUGCCAAUACAACUACAGUUUGUAAAAGAACUCAAUUUUAGUCCUAUUUCUUAUUUAAUAAGGUUAAUAAUAUAAAAUUAUGACAAUGCAAAAUUAAUAAUUAAGCAAACAAAAUAAUCUGUUAGGUUGUAAACAACAAUUUACAAAUGUGCUUUUGACUUUUUCGUUUCAUUCUCAAAUUUCAUGCCUACUGUUUUCCACAUUGUAAAAGUAAUUAUACUUUUGAUAUAUUAUAAAUUCUGUACUUUUUGACUAAUAAUUUGAACAGUAAUUUUCUCGUAGAUUUUGAUGUGAUUUUCAUUUGUGUUUCAAAUAUUUACAAACUUUUAUUUGAUUUUAAAGGUUUUCGGUGAAGGUUAUUUCUACUCUCCAAUAAAAAACUAUUAGAGCAAAACUUACAGGAGUUACAUUAAAAUUUAGAUUGUUUAUUUCUGUGUUCAUAUUAAGCAAAUGAUUUACAAACAAUAACUUCAAGUUUUUAUGUCGGUGAGAACAAAAAAGGUACCAGUUUAUGGCGCUUUUCAGUCAAACUGCAACUUUGAAAAACUCAUAACUCAGAAACUUGUGAUCUUAUUAAUACCAAACUUUUAUGCAAGACUAACAGUUACCCGAGGCUUCGCAUACAGUUUGCACCUGUUUGACCACUUUUGGGUCGAGUGAAUUAUAAUUAUGACGCCAAUGUUGACUUUGCCUUCUUGCCAGGGUCAAGAAAAUAUGUCCAGUCUUAGUAUUUUUGUCCCAUGGUUGAUUUCACCUUUUUCCUGAUCAGGAAUAUAGAAUAUAUAUAUAUAUAUAUAUAU